UGGGUACAGGCUGUGGCAGAAGCUGCACACUUCUGCAUUGUCGGCCGUAGCUGAUGCAACAGAGAAAUAUAUCUCUACUGGUUGAGUUUCAUUCUCUGGCUGACCUGACACAUGGCUCUGGAGUCUGUUCCACACACAGGGCACCAACCUCUCUUCUGAAACAUCACUGACCACUGGGAAUUAAGAGCACUUCCAUCUGAUUUAUACUUCCUGUUACUAACCAUCAUGUCGUGGUUGGAGGGUGUGAACUCCACGCAGAACCUUCACUCCAACACCUCCUCCUCCCUGGUCUGCACCAACCUGUACGACCACCGCCCCGUCGCCCGCGUCCUCAUGUCUCUCCACUACAGCCUGGUCUUCAUGCUCGGCCUCCUAGGUAACGCCCUGGCACUGCACGUCAUCAGACCCAACCUGGCCAAGAUCAACUCCACCACACUCUACUCUGCCAACCUGGCCGCCUCCGACGUCCUCUUCACCCUGGCCCUGCCUCUGAGGAUAGCCUACUACGCCCUAGGUUUCCACUGGCCCCUGGGGGAGACCCUGUGUCGGGUCACCGCCCUUCUGUUCUACGUCAACACCUACGCAGGGGUCAACUUCAUGACCUGCCUGGCCGUAGACCGCUUCGUAGCCGUGGUUCUCCCUCUACGUUACACCAGGUUCUGCCGGGCCCGGACCGUCCGCUACGUCUGCGUAGGGGUGUGGGUUCUAGUCCUGGUCCAGACGUUACCCCUCCUCUCCGUGACCAUGACCCGGGCCGAGCCGGACGGGACCACCACCUGCAUGGAGUACCCCAACUUUGAGAACGGGGCCGUGGAGGGACUCCCCUACGUCCUCAUUGGAGCCGUCGUCAUGGGAUACGGCAUUCCCGUUGCAACCAUCCUGUGUUGCUACUUGGUGUUGCUUUGGAAGCUGCGGCUGGUGACGAGAAGUGGGGUCGGUGGGCGAGGUCACAGGUCAUUGAGGAGCCAGAAGGCGACGGGGGUGAUAGCAGGGGUAGUGUUGGUGUUUGUAGUGUGUUUCAGUCCCUAUCACAUCAACAUCCUGCAGUAUAUGAUCCGAAAGCUGAGAUACACACCAGACUGUACCGAGCUACAGGCCUUUCAGAUGUCUCUACACUUCACAGUGUGUCUCAUGAACCUCAACUGCUGCCUGGACCCCUUUGUCUACUUCUUUGCCUGUAAAGGUUACAAGAGGAGGGUGAUGAAGAUGUUGAGGGUUCAGGUCAGCGCCUCUUUCUCCAGCGUGGUCCGAACCGGGGAGGACGCCCCCUUCAAACGGGACGGGACCCGGGACGGGAGGAGCAGGCUGGGUAGCCGCACAGCUUGUCCUGUUGCUUUAGAUGAUGUUACCAAUACCAUUCCUGGGCCAGAGACUGAGACAGGAGCUGGAGACUGAGACAGGAGCUGGAGACUGAGACAGGAGCUGGAGACUGAGACAGGAGAGCCGGAGACUGAGACAGGAGAGCCGGAGACUGAGACAGGAGAGCCGGAGACCCGGAGACUGAGACAGGAGAGCC